AUGUCCUCUGCUUUUGCGCUCGCCAAAGACGACUUUGAAAACGACGAUUGCGACGAUAAAAUAAAAGAACACAUGAAGUUAGUCCCGGUGAGAUACGUGAAAGAUUUCAGCUGCAGAGAGGAGAUUGUGUUACACAUGGACGCGUUAGAUUGCAGUCGAAAGAACAAAGGUGCGUUCGCAGUUCGGAGCGUCUUAGUCAAAGGAAAAGGAAACGACGACGACCAAAACGAAGAGUUUUGGGAGGAAAAAAACACCCUUCAAAACCGAGAAGACCAAACGAACGAAAGAGGAGAGGAGGAAAAUGAGAUUAUUUUUGCGGAAAAAAAAGUCCCGGGAGAAAGCUUCGAGGCGUAUCGCCGAGAGCGACGGAGAGAAGGCGAAGAAAUACCACCCUCUGAAAUCCUGGAAACAACGACAACAACAACACAAGAGAAAGAACCAGAGUCAAAUUCAAAAAGAUGGAGAAGUCGGCAGAGACAAAGCGCGUUCAGUGGAGAUGACGACGAUGGUGCACAAAAAGCAAAUUUUGCGCCCAAAAGUCGCAGCCCCUUGAAGAAAUUAUUGACUGGGAAAGGCACUCUUGAAAAAGGAAAAAUUUCACCAGACUCGAUAUUGCCUGACAAUAACGCAGCGACGACGAGCGUUAAUGGACCGACGUCGAGGUUUUACCAAAAAAGAAAUAAUCAACAACAACAACAAGAACAAAUGAAUCAUGGGCGAGGAAUGCACGGUGGAAACUUGACUUUUUACGGCGCGUCGACGAGCUCGAGCGUGUAUUCCGAGGAAGGGAGCGAGGACCACUUAGCGGCGCAGGCUCUCAAAGAGAACGAACAACCGUUUUACUCCUUAGCGGUGGCUUGUAUAAAUAGACCAAGAGUUUUGAGCGAGAUUAGUACCGCUGUGAACGAUUGUGGGUUGGACGUGCACGAGGCGCACAUAUACAACUUGAAGGACGGCUACGUGCUCGACGUUUUUACCGUCUACGGGUGGAAGAACGACGACGAGGAAGGAUUGUCGCACGCAGUGAUGAAGGCUUUAACGGCUGGUAUCGUUCCCGAAAGAAGAGGGUUAGGUGGGUCGCCGUUUCCAUCGAAAACAGACGUGAAUAAAGUGUGCAUGGAGUUGGACGGCUGCGAAAUAUACGACAUCGAUCCCGAAAGCGAACAUCGACAAGGUUGGGAGAGUCACUCGGACGACGAGGGAGAAGAUCCUCUCAAAGUUUCAAAUCAAAUGUCAGACAGCGAAGAGCUAAUGAAUGUCGCUCCCACUACUACUACUACUCUCACGGAAGGUGGUACUUAUAAUAUGAUUAAUAUCAAGAAUAACGACGACGACGACGACGCAGAUGGUGGGAAGAGAGAAAUCAAAGAUAACUUGAACCGGAACCAGAUUUCAGCGCUCGACUCGACGAAAUCGCUCGAACGAGAUGUUAUGGAAGCAAUGGAGAAAUCGAGGAAAGAGAGCAAAGAACCAGCGAUUGAUUCGAGAAAGUUGAGAUUAAUCCGAGAAAUUGGUUCAGGGUCUUUCGGUGUUUUGUAUAAGGGCGAAUAUCGAGGGAAGAAAGUUGCCGCAAAGUUUCCAUCCGGGACGCACAACGAUAACCAGAAUCAACUGCGAGCGAUGCGUGAAUUCUUCCAGGAAUUGUCCGUGUUAUCAAAAGUCAAGCACGAAAAUAUCGUUCGAGUAGUAGGUGCAAUGACCAAGAUGCCAAGAUUAUGCAUCGUGACGGAAUACGUCGAUAACGGGCCUUUGAAUAACUAUCUCUUAAAUCAAGGUUCAAGCUUGAAGCUUUCGGCACAGGUUGAAAUCGCGUGCGGGAUCGCGCGUGGUAUGGCAUAUCUUCAUUCGAAAAAUUUCGUUCACAGAGAUUUGAAAGCUUCGAACGUUUUGUUGCAAUCCACGACGACACCAAUUACCGCGAAGGGCGAAAGUAUCGACGGGAAAAUGACCUUCACGGGCGCUCAGGGCUCUUUGCGACCGAUUAUUUGCGACUUUGGUUUAUCGAGAGAAGUCACGAAAGAUGGCGCGAUGACGCCAGAAACUGGAACUUAUCGAUGGAUGGCCCCCGAAGUAAUCGCCCAUUCGAAGUAUUCGCUCAGUGCCGAUGUGUACAGCUUCGCGAUCGUUUUAUGGGAAAUCGUUUGCGAAGGCCACGUCCCGUACCCAGAGCACACGCCUUUACAAGCGGCGGUUGCGGUGGUACAAAAAGGAAUACGGCCAAUUUUGCCAUACAAUUCUCAUCCGAUAAUGAUGAACGCAAUGGAACGAUGCUGGGUAUCUGAGCCGGAAAACCGACCUCGAUUUACCGAUUUAGUCAUGGACUUUGAAUCGCACAUGCUUGGAUCUGCGACAAAAUUGAACUUGAUGCCUUCAAAAUCUUUCUUCUCGAGGUUGAAGUCGAUGUCGACGUCAAAGAAGCGAGACAGAAUUUGA